CCUCACACACUCUUGCCUUGUUCAGUCAUUCAGAGCCCAGUGUGGAGGCUGAUCACUCACACCCAAACUCACAUGCACACGCUCUCUCUUCUGUGCAGCAUGUCCAGGCUUCCCCAUCUGACUGUCUGCCUGUUUGGAGCCCUGCUGCUUAUGUCUCUCUGCCGGGCUGAGACGGAGAAAGAGAAUGACUUUGAGGAACCUGACACCACGCCAGACUACGACUAUCCACCCACCUUUGACUAUACCUUUUUCAGCAACGCGAGCAUUGAUGACCUAGACAGGUUCCUCUUGGAGGCAGGAGACACAGGAGAUGUGGAGUUGGACACAGACACCACUCCAUCAGAGGAGGAAAUGGGGGGAGAGGAGGAAUCUGUCGAUGAGGAGGAGGAGGAGGAAGAGACGGUGGAAAUAGAGGUUGGAGAGGAGGAGGUGACGAUCACCAAACCCCCAACCCACCGCAGAGCCCCCACAGCUGAGGCUUGCAGGACUACACCUCUCUGUCUAGUCACCGCUCUGGGGCUAAUCGCACACCAGUUGGCCAGGCUGCUAUGAUGAAUUUGACCAUGACACAGACUGAACACACACACUAAAAUGAUCCUUGAGAAGAGAGAUUAGCACGGAGGGACUCACAGUCACACAUCGUCACACAUAUAUUUUGGAGCACAGGAAGUGAUGUUCCUGUUGUUCCCGAAGCACCAACUGAAUCUCACACCCCAACCUUGACAACGCACACACAAGCACAAAGCCAGUCCACUCUGCACAUACUACCCCAUUCAAAUCCCAACCAAUUAAUCGUAGAAAAAUCACUUUGUCCACUCAUAACACCACACGUCCUUCAUCCCCACUGAUGUUUGCUUUUUUGGGUCAAGGCACUCCAUGAGUUCACAGCGCUCUGUGCCCAUGGACAAGCAUCGUCUGACUUGGUGGACAGCAGCGUGAGUUAAUUAAAGAGCCCUGUGGAGCAGACUGAGGUGCUGAAGAGGUGACUGGGCAGCUGGAGCAAAAACAGCCCUGGUGACGCCACCAGGCCAGGGACCAGCACAACCUGUGGCGGAGGGUGGGGGUGGGGGGUCGGCGGGUUGUGGUAAAGACUCUUCAUUUCCUGUCCUCUGAUCAGCGAUCUAAAGCAUUUCUGCCAUCAGAUGCUUGCUUCUGCCUCGUGCUUCUGCGUGAGAUCGUGGAAAGGAUACAUACUGGUUUGUUACUGGAUGCAGCCCAGCAAGACUGUCUCCCUGUUGCUCUCUUUUGUGCACAAGUAUCAACCUGUCCAGAAGCCAAGAGAUAUGUGUGUGUGUGUGGGUGUGUGUCUCUCUGUGUGUGUGUGUGUUUGUGUGUGUGGAUGUGUCUCUCUCUCUGUGUGUGUGUGUGUGUGUGUGUGUGUGUGUGUGUGUGUGUGUGUGUGUGUGUGUUUUAGCCUCAAUAUCGGCUCACAGACACAUAUCUGACAAUCAAACAAUUUGUACUCAUAGCUGUUCACGUAGCAUUACUGGAAAAGAUUAUCUGUAAACACAAGGGCUCCACAACCCUCCUUUCAACAAACACCAUUGCACUUCUAUGUAUCUCCUGUCUUUGCCUACCCUUUGAAGUUGCUGUUUUUAUAAGAAUUUUGAAAGUGUUUUGUCAACAGUGUAUAAAUGUAUAAUACGACUGUGAGAAUGUUUUUUUACAAAGGGUGGCAGUCUUUUACAGCCAAAUGCACGUUUUUUUUUUUUUUUUACGACAGAUCGUUAUGAAAGGUUAUUCCAUGUAUAUUGUUGUUUAUAUUAUUGAAUGAAUGCUCAAAUAAAUAUUUUCACAUGA